CUGUACCUGAUCUUAAAAAAGCAUCAGAGUUUUAUAAAAAUAUUUUAGGUGCUAAGGAAGUUAGCGAAGCUGUGCCACAACCAGAACAUGGAGUAUAUACAGUUUUUGUGAACUUAGGCAAUACAAAAAUCGAGCUUUUGCAUCCUUAUGGUGAUAAAUCACCAAUACAAAAUUUCUUAGAUAAAAAUAAAAAUGGUGGAGUUCACCAUAUUUGUAUUGAGGUUGAUGAUAUUAAAAUAGCCAUAAAAGAUAUAGCAUCAAAAGGUAUUAGAGUUUUAGAUCCUGAACCAAAAAUUGGUGCUCAUGGCAAUCCUGUU